AUGACAAGACAAGGUACAGAGCGUCAUGAUAAAGGAAAAGGGGUAGCAAGGCCUACAAAGAGGAAACGGCAGGCACCAAAGUAUGUACUUAGGGUGCCUGCUAGACUACCUACCCCUGCUCCCGGUAGUUCAUCAUCUGUGGGGCCUCCUCCUACCCCUAGUAUACAGACUCCUACACCAGCAGUAGACCCUACUCCUCCUCCUCAUUCAAGUGGUGAUGCUGAAGAUCUUGACCCGCCGCUCCAUGAUCGACCAUGGAUUGAGCCCUAUGGUAAAGGGUUUAUUCCAUCUAGGGUUGCUUCCCAGGCCAUCACACGUUCAAUAAAGCAACAGUUUUUAACUCCAUGGCCUACUUGGGGAGCAAUACCUCAUGACGACAGAAAGCCAUUCUGGCAGCGCUUUCAGAUGAAGGUGCAGUGGAAACCUGAACAUGAAACUCAGAUACACAGAAAUUUCCACAUGAAAGCAUCUCAUCGGCUGUCAGAGAUGUUUAGGGAUGCCCGGAUUGCAGGACAGCGCCCUAACUGGCUGGGUGAGCACAUUUGGAACUCUUUACUGGCCCAUUGGAAUACAGUAGAGUUCCGCAAUAAGUGUGCCAAAGCCCAGCGGAACAGAGCGUCUGAAAGGGGUGGCACCCUGCAUACUGGUGGGUCGAUCACCAUUCAUGAGCAUGCCAUUCGUAUGGCACAGGCUCUAGGACGGGCGGUCCAUGUUGAUGAGGUCUUUGCACAGACUCAUGUUCGAAAGGGAACUAAUCAAUUUGUUGAUGAAAGAUCUCGGAAGACUCAUGAAGACUUUUCUACAAGACUUUCACAGGGUCUGGGUUGCAGAGGGAAAACCAUUUCUCUGAAACCUGCUCUACAUUUUACCGAAGGCUUUUGCCCUUCGGUAAAUGCCCUCGUCUGCCCAUUACCGAAGGCUUCCGCCCUUCGGUAA